AUGGCUGAUGAGGGAAACUUCCAAAGCGAAGAAAUCCAAGGAGCAACGAAGAGGCUCCUGCUGAAAAUAAAAAACGAAAAAAAAAAUGAAGAAAUAAUAAAAAAAACUAUUGACGAAUAUAAACAAACGAUAGAAGUAAUAUCCACGCUAACGAAAAAACUUAACUAUAAAAUUAUUAUCCCAUAUUCCAAGGUAGCUUUCUAUGAAGGGCAAAUAAAAUAUACAAAUAAUAUAUACCAGGAUAUUGGGUGUAACACAUAUUGCGAAAGGACAACAGAAAAAGCCAAAGAAUUUUUGGAAAGAAAAUUAAAAUUUUAUCAAGACAAGUAUAACAUUGUCCAUGAGUCAUUAAACAAAUUGACAAAAGAAUUGGAGCUUUCCUUGGAACUUAAUUUUCAUGCAAAUUGUGAAAAAGAAGUGGAACAUGGGGAGGGAGAUAAAAACAACGUGUUUGUGCGUCCUGACGGUUUUCUAGAAAUUAGGGAAGAGUAUCACGAGAGUGAUGAGGAGGGAGAUUUACACCAGGUGGGCAAAAAAAAGGAGCACCUCAAAAGUGGAAUUAAGAGCGAAGGGGAAAUACAAAAGAGGGAGGACCGUGGUGGUGGGCAUCACAGUGGUGUACCCUACCCAAAUACACAACGAAGUGGAAGAGACAGUCCUGUCGUGAAGGGUGUUGCUGCGGAGGGGCGGACAAUUUCGCCAAGGAAUUUAACUGAAAAGAAGCAACCUUCGCAGGAGGAAAUCCAGGAAGGUUCUGCCAAUAUGGGCCGCAAUUUUCCCAAGGGCAACCCCUUAAAUGUGAACAAGCAGGGGCUUUUAAACAUAAAGGAAAACUACAGCAGCAGCGGUAGCGAUUGUGAGCAGUGA